GGCUGAGGCGCCGCGCUGCUGAGGCACCGGGGCCCGUCCCUGCAGCAGGACAUCGGCCUCCAACACAAAUCCUCCAUCACAAAACAAGCCCGUUGGGCUCGGGGUGUGUGGGGGUAGGUGGUUUGAAGCGCUAGGUUCCCAACCCCAGGCUGCGCGGCGCCGAGGUCAGAAAACUACAACCCUCACGGGCGGUGCCACCGUCGCCAUGUUAGGGCGGGGAAACCCGCGGUCACGAAUGGCGUUCGCCUGCGGAGCGUGGGACCAGGACGCCUCUAGCCACCCCGCACUCGGCGCGGGGCCCACUGUGAGCCCGUUCCUGAGCCUUCUGCUCUCCAUCUCCGCGGGGUUGUCCGAGGCCGAGCUCGACUCCAUGAAGUUCCUCUGCCGCGACAAGAUCACAAAGAGGAAGCGCGAGUCUGUGCGGAGCGGUAGGGAGCUCUUCGAGAUCCUGAUGGAGCAGCAGCACAUCGGCAGCGACAACCUGCAGUUCCUCAGGAAACUACUCGAGCACAUCCGCAGGGGCGAUUUGUUGUCACAGCUGGAGCAGUUCGAGGAGGAAGGAGGGUUUGGUACUCCUGAUGAUCAGCCAGAUGAGCAGGAAAAACGUCUUCUCAAGUUAGCUAAUGAUGUCAUAUGUGAGAACAUUGGGAGAGACUGGAAAAAGCUGCUGCGACAACUUGGCAUGCCAGAAGUGAAACUGGACAGAAUAGAGGCAGACUAUCAAUUUAAAUCGUAUGAGCAGCUUGUCCAGGGACUUCGAGAGUGGCAGAGAUGGAAGGGAAAAGAUGCAAAGGUGGCUGACUUAAUAAAAGCUCUUCGGGGCUGUCACCUGAAUUUGGUGGCAGACUUAGUUGAAGAGAAGAUCUCACAGCUGAACCUGGAGCCAGAUGAAAUCAAUAUCAAAACACUUUCAUGCCCCUCAGAUAUGGAUGAAAAAAGCAAAAGUGCCGCCUUCUCUUCUGGACCAAAAUACUUAUCACUGGUUGCUUAUUGUGCCAUUAGUUUAGGUGCCUUAGUAAAUUAAUUUCUGGACACAGGAAAAUUAACAUGAAAACAGAUUCUUUUCAGGUGACACUUUGUAGCAUGAUGCUUCCUUUAAGAUAUUUUAGCUUUUAGAAGACCUGAGCACCAUUUUGUAGAAAUUCUCACACUUUUGUUCUGCCACCCACCUGAAAAGAUUUGCUUUAUUGCAGAUGCUUUUUGAUUCAUCUUCUCUGGAAAUACAUCCAUGAGACACUUCUGAGGUAAUUGUGGUUUAAAAUUUCAUGGAGAGGUUGGUUUUUUUUUUUUCCCUAUUAUAAAUGUAAUGUGAAAGGGAGAAGGAGUGUCUUAGCUGUGUACUGGAUUUUCCUUCUGAGAAGCAUAAUAUAAUUUGCCAAAUACAUUUGCUCUCUAUCAAAGGAUACUAAGAUGACUGUAACCUUAGACCCCAAGACUGCAGUGCAAGAGAGGUAUUAAAUGUUGUGGUGGCUUUUUCGUAGUAAAAAUAUGCCCAGGUUUGAAAAUGAACUGGUUUAAAUCAGUACCAAGUGCCUUCACCGUCCUGAAGAAAGUGUUCUCCUGAAACUACCGAAGAAGUUCUGUCUCUCAGAUGUUUACAGCAGCCUCUUUUGAAAGCUGUGCCUGCUUUAGGAUCCUUUGCUAGGAAUUCUUUCCUAACUUCUGUCACAGAGGCUGCUCAUGGUUGCUGGCAAGUGCAGCUCAGCUCCUGGUGACAAAAAUGUGUACUGUGCCAAAAACCUAGAAAACAAACUGGUUCCUUUUGGAGGGGUGUGAGUAAUUCUGUAUCGUGGACUUUUUUUCUGGCAAUAUCCUGUGAAGAUCAGCUAUCUCUGGCCAGGUUGUUCUCUUCAAAGAUCCCUCCAGACCCCAUAGCUCUUCCAAGUCCUGUGCCAUUUUUUUAGUUCAUUCCCAUUGCUUGACAUUUUCACAGGGGAAAGAGGAUUUAUGAACAAGACCAGAUUCAGUUCUCAGGUUUAAUCUGGGACAGACUUCACUAAAUGACCUUCACACCUGACCUAAGGCUGGAAAAUUUGCGCAAGCUUUAAGAUGUGCAGAGCUGUAGAGGCCUCUGGGGACCAUCUCCUGUGCCAGGGGGGAGAGUCCUCUGAAAUUGUUAUUGCUUGAAUGGUUGUGGGAUUGUUUGCUACUGCAAACAUCCUCCAAACUGCCUGAAUAGAUGCUUGAAGAGGCUUCUUUUUUGCUACUGUAUUUGUCUGCCUUUUAGCUCCUUUCGAGUUCUUUUCACGUGGUGCUAUGACUGUGAAGGCCAGGUGUAAGCAUGUGAUGUGUCACUGCUCUGCAGAAAUGUUGUGACAAUGAUAAUUUUCAAGUUUUUGUUACAGUUGGUGCCUCUUGUUUAAGCAGUGACUCUUGAAUAUUUAAUUGAAGUUAAUGGAAACUGCUGUAUGUUCACAUGACAGAAAAACAUUUCAUUGUGUUGACAUUUUUCAUUGUGUUUUCAUCAAACAUUUUCACAGUGUUUUUUCCUUAAAUGAUUUUUUCCCCCAUUCCUGGAAGCGUUCAAAGCCGAGUGGGACAGAACUUGGAGCCACCUGGUCUAGUGGAAGGUGUCCCUGCCCAUAGCAGGGAGUGGAACGGAAUGAUCUUUAAGUUCCCUUCCAACACAAACUAUUCCAUGAUUCUGUAAUGAUUCUCAGUAUCUUCCUAGCUGUAGUAUAUUAAGUAUCAGUGAUUGUAUCCAAGCAUAGGGUAAUCUAGGAGUUUCCGCCUGUCUGCAUUUUGGGCAGGCAGAGUUCUCCAAGUACUGAUUCUAAUACUUGUAUCAGUUGCCAAUUCCAGACUCCCAGGAGGAGAUACAGUGCUGUGCUUCAUCUGAAUGACCAGCUCAGAUGUUUUGGGGUUUUUUGCUUAAUAGACACAGUAUUCAUUCUGCAGUAUCUAAAGAAAAUGAUUGCUUCAGACUUUUUUCUUUCUCUGAGCACUCCUUCUGAGCAGAGCAGAGAAACGAACAAGAUGAGUUGUGUGUGUGGUGAAACAGCUCUGCAGCAGUUCCAAUCUCUCUGGUAACAUGUUUUUCUUACCCAUUUUUAAUAAGUCUUCUGGUUUACAGAAGAGAGAUUGAUCUGGAAUAUAAAAAAUAUACUGACUACUGCAUAGAACCAAGAUAAUUUAGGAAUCAAUCAGAUUAAUUUGUUAGUAGUAGCCGAACACUCAUCAGCUACAAGAAAUAUUCUGCCUCAGAAGAUAAAAACUUCUUGUUUUCAUAAGGAUUUGUACUUCAUUAAUGUUUUACUGCAUAUGAAAGCAAUGACCUAGAUUGCAUCAGUCUGUACAGUACCUCAGGGCCAAUUAAAACUGAUUUUAUUAGAGAUUAAAAUGUUUAUGUGAGAACAAAAUCAAAUGAAACAAAGGGAACAAAACCUUUUUUAUUGGGAGGAGGGAUAAGGAAAACGGGUGCAAUUUGUAAGGAAACGUUUUCUGAUCCAGUUACCAGUUACCAGUU